CUAGCAUCUCCAGUGCAGCUGGACAUCAUCGAUCGGCUGCGCGCGCUUGGAAUAUCAAAUUUCGUUGCGCUGCCCCAACUUGCUGUCGUAGGGGAUCAAUCAAGUGGCAAGAGCUCCGUCCUCGAAAGCUUUUCUGAGCUCCCUUUCCCUCGAGACAGCGGCUUAUGCACAAGAUUCGCAACACAGAUCAUCUUCCGGCGUGCUUCGACGAGCAGCGUCAAGGUCUCCAUCAUCCCAGGACCAGCCCGCAGCCGCCAAGAGGUAGAGAGACUUCGA